GCGGCGCAGCAGUCCGGGCUUCGUUUGCUGUGUGUCACUGGGACCGGGAGUGCCGCGGGAAAGCAACGGCCAAGGACAGGGCGCUGCGCUCGGGCUACCCAAUGCUGGGACUACCUGCAGCCGCUGCUCGUGCAAUAUGCUGGAGCUCCAGAACAGCUAAACGGAGUCGCCACACCGCUGCCUGGGCUGGAUCGCAGCGCUGCCUUUCCUUAUGAAGAAGACACAAACUUGGAUUAUCACUUGCAUUUAUCUUCAACUGCUCCUAUUUAAUCCUCUCGUCAAAACUAAGGAGAUCUGCGGGAAUCCAGUGACUGAUAAUGUAAAAGACAUCACAAAAUUGGUGGCAAAUCUUCCAAAUGACUAUAUGAUAGCCCUCAACUAUGUCACCGGGAUGGAUGUUUUGCCCAGUCACUGUUGGUUACGAGAUAUGGUAAUACAACUGUCACUCAGCUUGACUGACCUUCUGGACAAGUUUUCAAAUAUUUCUGAAGGCUUGAGCAAUUACUCCAUCAUAGACAAGCUGGGGAAAAUAGUGGAUGACCUUGUGGAAUGUAUGGAAGAAAAUGCACCUAAGAAUGUAAAAGAAUCACCGAAGAGGCCAGAAGCCAGACUCUUUACUCCUGAAGAGUUCUUCAGUAUUUUCAAUAGGUCCAUUGAUGCCUUCAAGGACUUUACAUUGGCAUCGGACACUAGUGAUUGUGUGCUUUCAUCAACUUUAGGUCCUGAGAAAGAUUCCAGAGUCAGUGUCACAAAACCAUUUAUGUUACCCCCUGUUGCAGCCAGCUCCCUUAGGAAUGACAGCAGUAGCAGUAAUAGGAAAGCUGCAAAGUCCCCUGAAGACCAGGGAUUACAGUGGACAGCCAUGGCAUUGCCGGCACUCAUUUCUCUUGUAAUUGGCUUUGCUUUUGGAGCCUUAUACUGGAAGAAGAAACAGUCAAGUCUUACAAGAGCCGUUGAAAAUAUACAGAUUAAUGAAGAAGAUAAUGAGAUAAGUAUGUUGCAACACAAAGAGAGAGAGUUUCAAGAGGUGUAAUUGUGGAUGUAUCAACAUUGUUACCUUCGCACAGUGGCUGGUGACAGUUCAUGUUUGCUUCAUAAAUGAAGCAGCUUUAAACCAAUUCCUAUUCUGUCUCAAGUGACAGCCCUCAUCUUUACCUGUUCUUGCUACCCAUGACCUUGUAUGGAUGAUUCAGAAGUUGUAGCAGAGUGUUCAGCUGGGCAACUGGCACUGCAUUUAUCAUCUACAAAGAAGAAUUCACAAGCAGCAGGACUCUGGAGGUUUUGCAAAUGAUGAUGGGGAAGAGAACACGUGUCUUGUCCACUCUCGACAUUUGCAAGGCUUGGGAAAUGUCUAAGUGCUGACACCCACACAGCUAUGUUCUUCAGUUACAACCUGCACUCUCUAGUUAAUUCUGGUCUCUGCAAGUAGAUCUCAGCCUGGAUAGUGGGGUGGGGGGAUUUUUUCUUUUUACACAAAGGGAUGUAAAGAGCAGUUUUAAAAACAAUAACUCCAUAGCAUACAGCCACUGUAUGGAGUUGAAAGCCACGGGGAUCUUUUUUUUUCUUUUGAUCAGGCAGAUCUGCUCUGUAGUUAAUGGUUAAUAAGAGGAGCCUAAGCUUCGGCUCAUCCUGACAUAAACCACGUGCACCAUAUCCCACCAGGAAAAUGGACAUAGUUGGCUGGUUCUAGCCAUGCAGCAGAACCAGUGCUGAACUGAAGUAUGAUGCCAUGGUAUACAGAAAACUCUCCAGUGCAGUCAUUGCAGCAGACACUGUCAACAUGGACCAGUGGAAGAACAUGCCAAGAAAGAUAUCUGGCCCCUAGUGAAGCCGGUCCUUUCCCUUGACCAUCACUCUAGAGUGUGUAAAUCAUGUUUGCAAAAAUAUAAUGUGACAUGUUUAUGUUUUGAAACUAUUACAGAGCUAUGAAAACAGUCUUGGGAGGAAAUGCUGAAUGUGUAAGGGCCCCACUCUUUAAAAAUUUCAUGGGAGAGAAUAAAAAUCAAUGAUGGUGUGUAGUACCUAAGGUUAGGAAUGUACACUUUAUGCUAAUAUGGGUGGUGCAAACUAAGUAACUCAGAUUGUACAAGAAUUGGAGGAAUCAGAAAAACAUUAGUUAUUUACAGUGUAACCAUUAUCUCUUUAAAGUAGCCAUUUAUUUAAAAUCAGACACUCUAUAUUCAUUAAGGUUUAUGAAAUGAAAUAAAAAGAGAGCUUUAUGUAGCUAUGCAUGUCAGUUUGCUAUUUAAAAUGUGUGACAGCAUUUCUCAUAUUAGACAGAAAUUGGCAGUAAUUCCACAAUGAACCUUGUGCUUUGAAAAAUCAGAACUUACAAGAUGUGUUGUGGAUUCCCCUGAUCCUUUUCUUUUCUUUCAGUCAUGAAAACAAUUGGUUAAAAUCAAAGAAUGACUUUUCUUCUGAUUUUAUUUUGGUGAAGGUUCUUUUCACCUACCAUAGACAUAUGCAAAAUUUAAAGCUUUUUAUUCUAGCUUAAUCCUUGUAAUAAUUUUAUUUGCCCUGUGCUAAAACCUUAAGACAACCAUUUUCAGUGUAAUGAUGCAAACAUGCAUGGAUACUGCUAACUUCCAUUCUGUCCUGAAAGUGCAUGAAAACGUCUAGCUUACAUUCCAAGCUAGUCCAAACACAACUCCAGUACAUGGCCGCUGCUCUUCUUUAUACCAAAGAGUUCAGAUGGUUUCUAUAGUUCCUUAUCUAAAGCUCCAAGGUUUCUCCAAUGCUAUCAUUUCUGCAAGAUGAAGCUAAGCGCAUUGAGACACUGCAUUUACUUACUUGCUCAAGCCCUCAGAUAUCCCAGGAUGCAACCUGUUAGUAAUAAACUAGAAAUGAGAUUAGUUAGUGAAAGGGCCUAUUUUGUUGUUUGGCAUUGAUUGUUUUGAGAAUAAUAAUAGGUGUAGGGUAGCACAAAUCAUAGGUGUAUGUAGAGAGGCUGCUGUUAUUUCUCAGUUUUGUGGCUUGAUUUAUUUCUCUGCCGUUUCAUUUUGCUCAAGCUUAUGACAAUGCUGUUUGCCGAGCUUGAGAGGACAAAAAAUAUACAUAGGUUCUUAAAGCUAUCAGUUGGAUUUUAACAUGCAAAAACAUGGUCUUAAUCAAUAGUGCUGAAUAAAUAAAUUUAACAGGUUAUAAAGUCUGAUAUGGUAUAAUGUGGAAGAUAUGUUCUGCCUAUUAAGUAUGUUGGUUCAUUGAGAUUUAUGUGGAUUGCCAAUUUUUUAAAAAAUACUAAAGUUCAAUAAAAUGCAUGAACAAUAGGAAAAUGCUGGACAUUAUUUUGAAUGCUAGCUGCUUGGACAUUAACUAUGGCAUAUCUGCUUUCACAUAUAAAAAUAUGUAUCUUUGCAUAUUUUAUUCCGUGUAUGUUCUGAAUAUUUUUCUUAAAUUAUAAAAACCCAACCAAGAAGAUAAAGUGUAAAAUCACCUCUUAAAUUGGCAUUUUCUGAGAGUUCUCUUUUGUAAUGUUUAAAAUUUGCUUUUUAAUGAAAAUUAAGAAAUCUGCAGAUUGUGAACUGUAUUGAAAGUUUUGUACCUCCUCAGGAGAAAUCAAGCCUUUAACAAUAUUAUGUGUGUGAUCAGUGGAUCAUGCUAGAGCAGUCCUGGGUUAUGUAUUGUUAUCUUACAUGCUUAACACACUGCCACAUUGUAAUUAAUCAGAGAAAAAAGAAUUUUUCCAUACAAUUAUUGAAAAAGAACUGCAUUACAAAAAAGUAUUGAGAAAAAGUGAAAACAUGUAAAAGUAUGUAUCCACAGUGAAGUGUGUGCUUUAAUUAAGAAAUGAACACAUUUCAGUAAGCUUUCAUGUGCUUUGAAAAAACAGUGUGGCAUAGUUUGGUUCUUUAACUCAAUCAAAGUAAUAAAUGAACAGAAAAAUCCAUCCUGGAAUCGUGAUGAUUUCUACUGUAGUUUUUGAUUUCAUGAUUUAAUUCUAAUAUGGAAUUUUAGCUAUCCUAUACACAUUCUUGAAGAAAUAUAUUUUUCAAAUUAGGCAGUUAGGUUUAGUUGAGUGACUAGUGAGAAAGACUGUCAGGGGGCUCUACUUGAACACUUGAUAUAAGUCACCUCCUUCUUUGGAUCUUAGUUUUUUAUUCGUGUGUGGGUAUGCUCUGAGGUCAUUCUUCAGGAGUGAGCCCUUAUGUCACACGAUUAACAAAACAGAGAAAACAGCAGAAACAAUUCUACAAAAAAACCCAGCUCUGGGCUUCUGCAUAAGCAUUUGGACCGGUAGAAGUCCUUUCUGUUUUAGUUUCUAAUGUAAAUAGGGUCCACUAGUAAAAGUGAAAUUCAGUCUUAAGUAGGGUGAAUUGGAUAACCAUUUACACAUGAGAUGGCUUUUAUCUUUGCUUAAAUGAAUGUUUGGGAUCACUUCUGAGGAAUGAAAACCAGUAGUGAAUUUUCAUCAGGAAGAGAUACAAGAUGUGUGUAACAUUUGGAAAUGUGUCUGAGUAUGAAUGUAAAUGUUCGCAUUUUGUUGAAAGCUAAGAACAAAAAAAAUGUAGGGUGCUACUAAAGAUCUUGGAUGACAAGAGAUAUUUUUGAGCCAAUCUGUAAAAUGAUAAUUCAUAAGUUACAUUUAAAAUUGGAAAAGUAGGACAAGAAUUUUAAAGUAAGUUGGUUUAUCUUUGGAAUAAUAUUGUGAAAUUGGCUUUAAACGUCACCAUUCAGAUCAAAAAUUAUUUAUGGGAUCUGAUUACACAAUUUCUAUUACUGCCUUCCACUAACCAGUCUUAAAAUGCUUUUGUCAGAAUAAAAUUAGCGGUACCUCUUUCAUACCAGGUGUGGGUUUAGGAGUGAUCCAUACUAAGGUGGAUAUUUAUGAUCCUGGAAUGUUUGCUAAGUAUUGUAAAUGCACAACUGCCAUCUCCAAAUAUUUUCUUAUAUACUGUUUUUAGAAAAAGAAAGUUGUUUAAAGAAAAAAAAAACCAUGGUAUUUUCAUUUACUCAAUUUCUAGGGUAUAAGACUUCACUAAAUAAAACUUUCCAAUCAAAAUUCCUAUAGUCUUAUUCUCCAGUAGUCUAGGGAUUGGUUUGUGAUUAUUGUGUCCACCUGCCACUGUUUUUUUUUUUUAAGUCAAUAGACUUGAGAAGUAUUCAGACAUUUAGAUGGCUUCACAGAUAUAUUGCUAGUUCAGUCAUAGAUUGGAGUUUGCAUAUUGUAAUGUAAAUGUAUGUCAACACUAUUCUAAAUAGUUUAUGACUGAAGUUUAAUUAAAUAAAAGUUGUAAAAUGUGA